AUGUCCGACACGAAGCACGGCGAUUUUGAGCACAUCUCGCACGGGAAUCAGUUGCCGAGGCAGCUGACGACUGUUACGCUUACGGCUGAGCAGUUCGAAAGCCUGUACCUUCAACCACGCAACAGCGCAGGAACUAAGAAUGCGCUCGUGGGCAAGGUAGGAAAUCCGACACCCUUGGGUGUCUCUGCUUUCUUACUUGCGCAUAUGCCGUUGUCAAUGGACCUUUUGAACUUCCAAGGAGCAACCGCUGCUUCUAGCGUGGCGAUGCUUGGUUCAUUUUACGCUUGCGCGGGGAUAGGACUUUACCUUGCUUGCAUAAUGGAAUGGCUGAUCGGGAACACCUUCCCGUGUGUCGUCUUUGGUACCUUUGGCGGCUUCUGGAUUUCAUAUGCCAUCAAUGUUCAGCCCACACUCCAGCUCGCGGCAAGCUUUGCGCCUGCCUCAGACGUGUCAAACGGCAUAACCGCGGCUGCAGCCGGCGCAGCGACUCCUCAGUAUAAUGCUGGUCUAGGAUUAUAUUUCACAGUGUGGGGGAUUAUGUGCGCGAUUUAUUUCCUUGCAUCGCUGCGAACGAAUGUUCCAUUUGCCGUGAUAUUCGCAAGCCUUGUAUUUGCGUUCGAGUUAAUAGCUGCGGCAUACUUCCACACUGGUCAGGGUCGCCUCGAGCUCGCUGCGCUGCGGUAUCUGGAUCGAUGUAUCCCUUCUGUGCGCAGCUGUGGGAAUGCCCUUCCGAAUCCCGCUGAUCGACUUAUCGAAUCUGGGCCAUCGCAACAAGUCGGUUGA